AUGAGCUACGGCAAGAAGGACGAGGACGCCGACCUGGGCCUGGUCAAGGUGGACCGAACCCAAGUAUUUCAAGAAGCACGUAUAUUCAACGAAGGCACCAUUCAACCGCGACGAUGCCGAAUCCUACUCACCAAGAUUGCUCUUCUCCUCUACACUGGGGAGAAGUUCCCGACCAACGAAGCGACUACCCUCUUCUUCGGAAUCUCCAAGCUCUUCCAGAACAAGGAUGCCAGCCUCAGACAGAUGGUCCACCUCGUCAUUAAGGAGUUGGCCAGCUCUGCCGAGGAUAUCAUCAUGGUUACCGCCACAAUUAUGAAGGAUACUGGUGGCAGCAGUGAUGCCAUCUUCAGACCCAACGCUAUUCGGGCCUUGUGCCGCAUCAUUGACGCCACCUCUGUCCAAGCGAUCGAGCGAGUUAUGAAGACAGCAAUCGUCGAUAAGAACCCCUCAGUCUCGUCGGCCGCACUAGUCUCGUCAUACCACCUGCUGCCCGUCGCCAAGGACGUUGUUCGACGCUGGCAGAGCGAGGUUCAAGAGGCCGCCGCCUCGACCAAGUCCUCUGGCGGAUUCUCACUCGGAUUCUCCUCGUCAAGCAGCCAGAUGCCCAUGAACAAUUCGACAAUGUCUCAGUACCACGCUAUCGGACUGCUAUACCAGAUGCGAAUGCACGACAGAAUGGCCCUGGUCAAGAUGGUGCAGCAGUUUGGCGCUGCUGGCGCUGUUAAGAACCCCGCUGCCACGGUCAUGCUUGUCCGACUGGCUGCUCAGCUUGCUGAGGAAGAUGCUUCCCUCCGAAAGCCCAUGAUGCAGCUCCUUGACGGCUGGUUGCGCCACAAGAGUGAAAUGGUCAAUUUCGAGGCCGCAAAGGCCAUUUGCGACAUGCGCGACGUCACCGAUAGCGAGGUCAACCAGGCAGUCCAUGUUCUCCAGAUGUUCUUGACUUCUCCCCGAGCCGUGACCAAGUUUGCCGCCCUCCGAAUCCUCCACAGCUUUGCUUCCUUCAAGCCUUCUGCUGUCAGUGUCUGCAACCCCGACAUCGAGCUCCUGAUUUCAAAUGCGAACCGAUCCAUCGCCACUUUCGCCAUCACCACUCUCCUUAAGACUGGAAAUGAGGCGAGUGUCGACAGACUCAUGAAGCAAAUUUCCAGCUUCAUGUCUGAGAUCACCGACGAGUUCAAGAUCACCAUUGUCGAGGCCAUCCGAACGCUCUGCUUAAAGUUCCCCAGCAAGCAGGCGGGCAUGCUGACCUUCCUUAGCAGCAUUCUGCGAGACGAGGGUGGAUACGAAUUUAAGCGUGCAGUUGUUGAAAGCAUGUUUGACUUGAUCAAAUUUGUUCCCGACUCCAAGGAUGAGGCCCUGGCCCACCUCUGCGAGUUCAUCGAGGACUGCGAAUUCACAAAGCUUGCUGUCCGUAUUCUACACCUUAUUGGUUUGGAAGGGCCCAAGACUUCUCAACCCACCAAGUAUAUUCGAUACAUCUACAACAGAGUUGUUCUCGAGAAUUCUAUUGUGCGGGCUGCUGCAGUUACGGCUUUGGCCAAAUUUGGUGUGGGACAGAAAGAUCCUGAUGUCAAGGCCAGCGUCAAGGUCCUUCUCACUCGAUGCUUGGAUGAUGUCGAUGACGAGGUCCGUGACCGUGCAGCUCUGAACUUGAAACUCAUGGGUGAGGAAGAUGACGAGAUGGCGCAGAACUUUGUCAAAAAUGAAAACAUGUUCUCUCUGCCAGUAUUCGAGCACCAGCUUGUCAUGUACGUCACUUCCGACGACAAAGGCUCCUUCGCAGAACCCUUCGAUAUCACCAAAAUUCCCGUCGUCACUCGGGAGCAAGCGGAUGCCGAGGACAGGACAAAGAAGCUCACAGCUACUGCACCCACCAUCAAAGCACCCAAGGUCGGCGCUGCCAAGGCUCCUGUCAGCGGCGCCGAGGCUGCGGCUUCUGCUUCCGCUCAGGCUCAGCGAUAUGCCGAGGAGUUGAUGCAGAUCCCCGAGAUGAAGGAGUUUGGCAAUGUUCUCAAGUCUUCAACAGUCGUCGAGUUGACAGAGGCCGAGACCGAAUACGUUGUGACCCUUGUGAAACACAUCUUCAAGGAGCACAUUGUUCUUCAAUACGAAGUAAAGAACACCCUGCCAGAUACAGUCUUGGAGAAUGUGUCGGUCGUCGCUACACCCGGGGAGGAGGACGAGCUGGAGGAAGUCUUCAUCAUCCAGUGCGAGAAACUUGCCACCGACGAGCCUGGCAAGGUGUAUGUUGCGUUCCAAAAGGUCAAUGGAGAGGGAUCCAUGCCUGUUACUUCGUUCUCCAACGUGUUGAAAUUCACAAGCAAGGAGAUUGAUCCGUCGACCGGGGAGCCGGAAGAUAGUGGCUACGAUGACGAGUAUGAGGUAUCGGAGUUUGAUCUCAGUGGUAGUGACUACAUUGUGCCCACAUUUGCCGGCAACUUCAGUCACCUGUGGGAACAGAUUGGGGCCUCGGGAGAGCAGGCAGAGGAGACUCUGCAGCUGAGCGGCAUGAAGAGCAUCGCCGAUGCCACGGAACAACUGGCCAAGGCUCUUUCAUUGCAGCCCUUGGAAGGCACAGACGUGCCGGUCAACCAGAGCACACAUACACUCAAGCUGCUGGGCAAGACUAUUUCUGGCGGCAGAGUGGCGGCCAGUGUGAGAAUGGCGUUUUCAUCAAAGUCUGGGGUGACAACAAAGAUUACAGUCAGAAGCGAGGAAGAAAACGUGGCGGCACUUGUGAUUGCAUCGGUGGCUUAA